AUGGGGUCUCAGAAUCCUGGUCCAUCAGCAUCAUGUGCCCUUUGGCCAGUGGACCUGAAAUUAACACACAUGGACUGGAACCCUGAAGCCACCCUGAUUCAUUUCCAGGGACAGUACCUCACCAUAUGUGAGCUGGACUAUAACAUUCUACAGGGAGAAAUACAGAACAUACCAAAGACAAAAGCUGCAGUGGAUAUCGGAGAGUUUUGCCUUGUGGAAGAUUUGACUUCUGCCCGCUGGUUCAGAGGAAGAGUUCAGAACAGACAAGAAGACUUGGUUGAUGUAUUCCUCAUAGAUCACGGUAACGUCUUGAGUGUCGACAUUACCCAUGUGUCUUCCUGUUCAAACGACCUGUUCAUCCUGCCUCCGAAGAUAGUUUGUGGCUUCCUUGCAAAUGUGCUGCUGCUUCAAAGUUGUUCUCAUGCUGUAGUGGAGGAAUACUUUUCUAACCUGAUUGGAAGAAGCGUCUCUGGUGACAUUCAAGCCCUCCUUCCCCACAAAGUCCUCUUAUUAGAAGCCCCUGACAUCAACAGCGACCUUGUUAAACAUGGGUUUGGGAGACAUGUGGACACAGAUACCUUCCUCUUUCUGGUUGAGAUGCUGACAGAGGUGCCGCUCAAACAAAAUAUUGAGCCAGUUCCUGACUUACUCAUUGAAAAACCACGGGGACGAGAUUAUUGCUUCAAACUGUCGGGUUUGCAGGGAUUUAGAGACACUCUGUCAUUCUGUAGACCUAGAUUGAGUUGUGGGACACGGGCAAAGGUGCAAGUAACUGCUGCUGUCAACCCCAGGCUGUUUCACUGUCAAAUGGCCAAUGUGAAAAGAGAUCUUUGGGAAAUGUCAAACAAGCUGGCUUCAGUGUGCGAGUACAGAACCAAAGAUUACAGUCAGACGACUCCAGAAAACCUGGGUUUACUGUGCUCAGUUAAAAGCAAAGAUGGGAAAUGGCACAGAGGCUACGUGCAGUGUCUCCCCAUCAACUCUCAAGUCAGAGUUUUCUUCAUUGACUAUGGAUACUUUGAAUCUGUUAAGGUUGAGAAUGUCCACAAGUUGCCACCUGAUCUCUGUUCAACACCCAUCAUGGCGUUCCCAUGCUCGCUCUCCUGUCUGAGUGAACAGGACGAGGCCGUCAAACCUCAGCAGCUGGGUCUCCUCAGGGCAGGUUUGCUGGGAGGACUUUUGGACGUGGAUAUCAGAAGUUUUGAUGAAGAGCAGCAUCUGUACUCUGUAACAUUGAUUGGUGCUGAAGAUACUCAUGUGAACGAACCAGAGCCCCCCCAAGAGCUUUCCCCAAAGGGAGUUGAGUCUAAUUCUGGAACAGAAGAAUCGUCACCUCAGGGUGGUUAUUUGUACUAUGAAACUUUCAUGGGAGGAGCCCUUGGUAAAACACUGGAAGCAGAAGAGGUGCAGGAAGACUCAGUCUUUGUGGGCUACGUUGAGCAUGUCCAGAAUCCAAACCACUUCUGGAUCAGAACACAAAAACGCAAUGAUGAGUUUGAAGAAAUGAUGACAAAAAUGGCAGAUCACUUUAGUGAAGUGACGCUGGAGGAAGACAUGCUCCUGAAUCCUGAGCUUGGAACAUUGUGCUGUGCAGUUUAUGAGGAGGACAUGCAUUUCUACAGGGGCGUGGUGGUGGACACUCUGGAGCAUGGAGCUGAAGUUCUUUUCAUAGACUUUGGGAACAUUGAGAAAGUGCCACACAUGUUGAUCAAGAAAAUACCAGAGGCCUUUGCCAGAAAAUCAGCUUUUGCCUUUUGUUGUACUCUUGUCAAUGUUUUUCCUUUGGAUGAAGUCUGGCCUAGCACCACCUCUGACGUUUUCAGACAAGCUGUGUCAAACAAAGCCCUGCUGGUCCAUGUUGUCCAAAUAAGAAAAAACAAGUUUGUGGUUGACCUCUAUGAGAUGGGGCAGGACAACAGGCAGAGCAUCAGCGAUCUCCUGAUCACUUCAAAACAAGUUGAAUGCUGGAAAGUGACCACUGAGUCUGCAGUGCAAAACAACACAGAUGCAACAGAAAAACUGAAAAGUCAAAUUGGUUUGAAAACAAAGCAAAGUGAAAAUUAUGAAGAGGAAGAGAACUCGUGCAAAAAUGAAAUCAGGAAGGCUCAGACUUCUGUCAGCUUCAAACCUUUAAGCAUCAAACCUGGGCAUGAGUUUGACGUUCAAUGCACAAACAUUGAGUCUUCAUUAGAUUUCUGGUGCCAACCUAAAGUUCCAGCUUUGGAAGAACUGAUGGAUAAAAUUCAGCAACACUACUCAACUAACACGACCCCCCUCCAAUCAGGGGUUCAGUGUUGUGUUGCUAAGUCACCUGUAGAUGGAAGAUGGUACAGGGCCUUCCUCACAGACAGACAGAAUGAUCAUGCCUGUGUGAUGUUGAUUGACUACGGUUUAACCAUCCAGGUCGAGGAGCAUCAUCUUCAGGCAAUAACGCCAGAAUAUGUUGAAUUGGAAGGACAAGCUUUCAGGUGCACUUUUUCAAACCUGAUUGAACCAACUGACUGCGAGAGCUGUGGGAACUGGGGUCCGGAGGUGUGCAACUCGGUGAAAAAGUUUGUCCAGGACAGCGCCGGUAGUCUGAGAUGUAAAGUUGUCUCUCAAUUGAUUAUGCAAAACAAAGGUCUGUUGAAUGUCGUGGAGCUCUGCAACACCCAAACCCAACAGAACAUAACAAGCUGGCUUGUUAAACAGGGUCUGGCAACAGAGGCAACAAUUUCAACAAAGCAAUUAUCAACAGCGUCUCCUGAGACAUUUGUCUACGCCUCAUAUGAUCUGAGUCCUGGAAAGGAGGAACAAGUCUACGUGACUCACGUUAGUAACCAGUGGGAGGUCUACUGCCACCUUGAGAGAAACACAGAAAUCAUCGAAGAGCUGGAAAAGAAAAUCUUAGAAGAGAGUGAGAAAAUGAUGAAAUCCAGCACAAGAGCUGUGGCGAGGAAGCUGUGCCUGGCAAAGUACCUUGAUGGCAAAUGGUACAGAGUGUUAGCACAUCCUGUUCAGUCACCCCUGCAUCUCAGUGUGUUCUUUGUGGAUUAUGGAAACAAAAGCAUAUCUGAGAAAACCCACGUCACGUUCAUUCCCAGAGACUCUGCUGAUUUGUUGUACACACCCAUGCAGGCUCUCAGGUUUCGCCUCGCGUCAGUGUCCAAGGAGGAGCUCUAUGCAGAUGUCAAGGAAUGGCUUGACAGAACACUCCUCAACAAGCAGGUGAAAGCCGACAUCCUUGGAAGGAGUGAAGAUGGUUCGUUUGAAGUUGUGCUGUUUGACGGAGACGUUAACGUCAAUGAGAAGGUGAAGGAGCUCAUUCUUAGCCUGUCACCAAAACAAAAAACUGUUGUUAGUUCUGCUCCUGCGAUAAAAAAGAAGAACGUUGAAACUCUUCAUAAGAGAAACACAAAGAGUCCGGUCAAGUGUACGAGCCGACUCAAAGGGAAAUAUACAUUUCCCUUCAGAGGUCCUCAAGUUGGGAAUGCACCCACAAAAAAGAAAGAAGACACAAAAAACUGUGUUCAUGGGAAAGCUCAGAACAAGAACACAAAAAUGAAACAACAAAAUGACAACAAGACAAUGAGCAGAACCCCUGAAAAAACUUGGAAAACCUCUCAGGUAAAACAACAAAAAGACAAAGAUACAAAUUCAGAACAACCACAAAACACAAACAAAACAGAAACCCCUCAACUCCCAUGUUUGCCUGACAAGGAAAUCAGUGCUGGUCUCCGAGCAAAGUGUUUCGUCUCCCACAUCAACUCAAUCGACAGCUUUUUCCUUCAGCUGUCAGAUGAUGAACCCGCCAUCUUGAAAAUGUGUGAAGAUCUCAACUCUAGUAUCCUCAGAAGUUCCCUCAAGGCCGCCGUGUCUGUGAGAAUCAACGACGUUGUUCUGGCCGUGUACGAGGAAGACGGUGCUCUGUAUCGUUCUUUGGUCAAAGGCUCUGAAGGGACCUCGUGCUUCGCAGUUGAGUUUGUGGACUAUGGGAACUCAGCAGUCGUGGAGAAGGAGAAUAUCCACCUGAUACCAAAAAAGUAUCUCUCUCAGCCUAGAUUCAGUAUAUUCUGCUGCCUGUUGGACACGAGCGCUUUUGAAAGUGAUGCCUCUUUCACCGAUGCCGUAAUGGAGAAGCCUGUCAUGGUCGACAUUGUCUGUCAACGUGGAACCCAGUGGAUAGUCAAGGUCGAGAUUCUUGACGGAGCGGUUGACCUUCCAGCAGCACUCGAAGCGGUUGUCGAAACCGGCCCUGAAAACGAAAAAGAGGAGGAGUCUCCUGUGACUUCAGGUAAAAUGGAACAGGAUAUGACAUCCGAACGGAACCACGUCAGAGAAGAAAUCAGCGGGAAGGAAGCAACAACAUCCGAGAAUGUCGUGCCAUCUGUUCGAGGCCAAAAUGUCUCACUGCCCAAAAAACUGAAGGUAAAAACCUGCAGGCGCCACAAAAGUCUCAUCACAUUAAAGAGUCUGAAGAGGAAUCACAGGAAAAAGUCCACAUCCGGGGUCCAAGCAAUCAACGAUUGUACUGAUGCUUUCAUUCCUCCGAGUAUUCAAGCCAAAGACAGAGAGAAUGGAACAGUUCUGUCCGUCCAGAGCGACGGAGAUUUUUACAUCAGACUUGCUCGGACCAGCUACCUGCUCGCUGCACUUGAAAGAAUCACAGCUAAGAACCUGUGCAAAUGUGAGACAGUGGACGGAGACGUCAAACAAGGCCUCAAGUGCUUAGUUCAGGUUCACACAGACAACGAGUGGCAACGGGCUGCUGUUCAGCAUGUAGGUGAGGAAAAGAGCAAGGUCCUCCUGGUGGAUCAUGGAUUAACAGAAGAGAUUCCAAAUGCCUCGAUCCGACGUCAGUGUGGUGAACUGACAAAAAUCCCGAACCUUGCAGUGCUGUGCAGAAUAAACUGCUUUGGGUUCAGUGAGAGAGAAGACGUCGGAAAAUGUUGGUGUGAAACGCUGAAACCACUGAUCGGCAAAGACGUCAGUGUGGUGUUUGUGAGUUUUUCAGAAGCUAAAAACCGUUGGAUGGUUGAAAUCGUUGUUAACGGACUGUUCCUCAUGUCACCACAGCAACACGAUGAGAGGAUCCCAUCAGAGGCUGAAACUCAGAACGAGGCCGCAGAGAACGACCUGCACACAAGUCGUCCUCAGCAACUUGUCUUUGCUCCCAUCGACUUAGACACCGGAUACUUUGGCUUCGCCGCUGCAGUGACGACUCCGUCUGAGUUCAGCGUCGUCCUCGAGGAUUUGCUUUCCAUCAUGGACAAAGUGUCCAUGAUGCUGGAGGACCUCCCUGAACAGACGUCUCAUCUCCCUGAAGCCCACAUAGUCCAAGGCGCCUGUUGCCUUUGGAAAUCAGACUCCAAGAACAAGUGGUGCAGGACAGAAAUCGUGAAUGCCGACACCACUGUGGUGCUAAACCUGGUGGAUUAUGGGCAUUAUGAGUGCACGCCACACAAAGACUGCUCCGAGCUGAAGAUGCUUCCGGAGGAGCUGAUAAAUCUUCCCAAAGUGACCUACCCCUGCAUCCUGCGAGGGGUGAAGCCGGGUGGAGACAAACAGUGGACCGAUGAGGCAGCGGUUUUCUUUCAACAAUGUUUGUACCAGAAGAACCUUCAGAUCUUCUUCAGAGAGUUUGUGUCAAACACUCACUGGACGGUGGACAUUCUCGCAGAUGGCGCCCAUGUUGCCAGGGAGCUGGUGGAGGCCGGACACGCCGACUAUAUGGACGUCAUGCUGGGACUCAGGUUCCAGGAGCAGAUCCCCUGUAUCGUCCCUCUGAGCUCGGACAUUGAGACAGAGUGCGAACAGGAAGUUGAAGACUCUGAUGGGAAGUCCGAUCCUUCUGCUGAGGAAACUGAGGGAAGGGAACUACUCAGUUCUUUGUCCAGAUCCUCUCGAUGCGACGUCAUGUGAUGGUUUCAUGUAAAACGAGCAGUGAGGCCGUGCGGCAGUUUGUUCGAUGCCAGCGUCACAUCAACCUGAGACACGUCUUGUUUUCAAUGGAGGUGCGGUAUCGUUAGCCUCACGUCACAUGACUGAUUCUGUCUGUUACUCAGGUUGAAAUGUUUCUGUGAACACUUCAUUCAUUUAUGAGGAAACUGAUGUUUUGUUGACUGAGACUUCAGCUCUGUGUUAUUUUCCUUAAAACUGAGUUCUUGAGAAGUUAAAUUAUUUUAAAUCUGUUCAUGACGAAGAUGAAAAUAAGUUUUCAUUUCCACAUUAAGGUUCAUUCGCUGUGUUUUGACGUUUUAUAUGUUUUAAACUUUUCCUUUGCUAGAAAACGAUGAGAGCUGAAUGUGAAGUACCUGAGGAGACACGUUAAAGUUUCAGUUCUACUUCUGUUACUGCAUCUUCUUUAAGUUUUAUUGACUUGAAAAGAAAUAAUUUUUCAGACUCGAGCAAAUGAACAGAAGUACGUGAUGUUUUGUUUGUUUUAUGUUUUACUUCCUUUGUGUUGAUCACAUUUCUAUUUAAUGCAGUAAAACCUUUUCAGGUGCAAAUUAAAAUCCUUUUCUUUCCUCUAAGAAAUUCAGACGGUAUCAUCGUCACUGUGCUCGUUAAAAAACCGACUUAUGAAAAAAAGCUAAAACCUUUUUACAUCAGACGAGCUGGAGUAUGACGAGCACUUCGUUCACCACUGGGUGGCGGUACUGAGAAGUGUUUUUAAAUAAUUCUGAGCAUCCAACAAUUUAAAAAACACGUCGUCUGUUUUUGAGCGAGUUCAGAGAUCGUUACUGUAAACAAAGUGUUUUGUACUUUUUUAUCACUUUUACGUUUUAUUUCUCAGUAAACUGACAUUUUCAUGA